UAAUGUCAAUGUUGGUGUCGUGUGCAUUGUUCACUAUAUAAUGAACGAAACAAAACAGCAGUCGCAAGUGUUUCCGAUUCGCGGAAGGAAUAAGACAUUCAAAUAAGUGUCGUCAUGUGGAAGAUAUUAGUGCUGUGCACUGCCGUGGGCCUUGCGGCUUCUGAAACUCAGAAGGCCAGCUUCAAAAAUUUCAAAGUCUUCAGACUUAAUCCAACAACAGAUGAUCAAAUCACUCUUCUGAGCGAACUCGAACAUGACGUCCAGGAUGGAUAUUCCAUCUGGGCGAGUUCGACCACGAAUUACGGGGUCAGAGCGAUGGAUCUCAUGGUAGCUCCGCACAAGUUGCCCGAAUUCUACGAGAUGAUGGGCAAUCUCGGUUUACGCUACACGCUCCACAUCGACGACGUUCAGGAGUUGAUCGACGCCGAGCAGCCCAUCACUCUCAGUCGAUCGGGCUAUUUUGAUUUCACCACCUAUCACACUCUCGAGGAGAUUUACAAGAACCUGGACGAUCUGGCGAAGCAGUAUCCCGACAAGGUGCAAGUCGUCGUGGGCGGCAAAACGUACGAGGGACGUCAGAUCAAGGGUGUCAAAUUGUCCUUCAACAGGACAGCCCAGCCCGGUGUCUUCNUCGAGGGUGGCAUUCACGCAAGGGAAUGGAUCUCGCCUGCAACCGUAAUGUACAUUCUGCAUCAGUUGCUGACCAGCAACGAUACGGAUAUCAGAUCUCUGGCGGAGAGACACGACUGGUACAUAUUCCCGUCAUUUAACCCAGACGGAUACGCGUACACGCACACCACGAAUCGAAUGUGGAGAAAGACGCGCAAGCCGUACGGUAUGUUCUGCAGAGGCAGCGAUCCGAACAGGAAUUGGGGCUACAGAUGGAACACUGGUGGAUCUAGUACCAAUCCUUGCUCCGAAACUUAUGCCGGAAGCGCACCGUUCUCUGACAUUGAAACGAAGAGCAUGUCUGAAUAUAUCGCCACCAUUCAGAAUAAGAUCUACGCGUAUAUCUCGUUCCACAGCUACUCACAGCUUUUGCUCUACCCUUACGGUCACACUAGGGAUCAUCUUGACAAUCACAAUGAAUUGUACGCUAUUGGUGAGAAGACAGUUACUGCCCUCAAAAAGAGAUACGGAACUGAAUACGUACACGGAAAUGUUGCGGAAACUAUUUAUGUGGCCACUGGAAGCUCUGUAGAUUACGUCAAAGGCACUUAUGGCACACCUAUCACGUACACCUACGAGUUGCGUGACAAAGGUCGUUACGGUUUCUUGCUACCCCCUAACCAGAUUAUUCCCACUGGACAAGAGACAAUGGACUCCAUUGUAGCUAUGUUCAAAGAAGCGAAAGCACGUGGACAUCCCAAACUUUAGGACUGAUUCAAGAUCGAAGUGAAUGCGUAUGAUCAUCUAUUUAAUACAUAUGUCACAUGCCUAUUAUAACGCAUUUUUAUCUGACGCAUUGUCGAUUUGUUUACUUUCAUUUGUAAUUAAAUGAUACAAAUAAAUAAUGAAAAUGUACGUAAGUUUUGCGUUACAUGUUGGAUCUGACAGUGUAUCUGUGCGCAAAAAAAAAUAAAUAUACAAUAUAAAUAUACAUUCUCGACAAGUAAAA